AUGGAAAAUUCUAAGAAGAGCGCAGAAAUGCACGCAGACGCGGCAAACAUACAGGAAACCGAGGAAGAGCAGAUAAGAAGAAGAAGGGAGGAGUACAACGAAAUAUACGAAAAGGACGACAUUUUGUUUUCUGCCACUGCGAUUCUAUACAGGUACCAGCUUGAAACAAGCUCGUGGGUUGGCCGUGGAAAGGGAAAGCUUCGGGUCUCGCUUGAGCCAACAGGGGGAAAGCAUAGAAUAACGCAGAUUCGGGAGAAGAUUUUCAAGCUAGGGUGCAACCACUACAUUGAGCCAAACACGACCCUGUCAAAAUACCCGCUUGCCGAGCACGCGUGGAUCUGGACAACCUUUGGGGACGACUGCGGAGACGGCUUGGACAAAGCCCAGAAGUUUCUGGCCCGCUUUUCGUCAGCGGAUGACGCAGAAAAGUUCAACGCGGCGGUAGAGGCCGGGAAGGGCGCGCCCGCAAAGAAAGAGAGCCUGAAGAAGGACGAAAGUUCUGAGCCUGCAAAGGAGGACGAAAAGCCUGCAAAGGAGGAGAGCCCAAAGGAGGAGGCUGAGAAGGAAAGCACUCUUGAGGAGAAAGCAGCCGACAAAACAGAGACUGCGCACGAGCCUGAGAAGAAGGCGGAAGUCCUAGAAAAGGAUACAGGUAAGAGCGAGCCUUCGAAAUAG